AUGAUAUUUAGUACAUUGCAUGAAGCUGUUGAGUUUUACAAGGAUUAUGCCAAACUUUGUGGAUUUGACACCCGAAUGAGCACAAACAGGAAAAAUAAAGAUGAUAUAAUUACCAGGCAAUAUGUGGUUUGUAAGAGAGAAGGAGUAUGGAAAAAGGCAAAAGAACCUCGAGUGCGUUUCAGUGAUAAGGGCACAAAGAAACGCAAGACAACAUCUUGCAAGGUUGAUUGUAAAGCUAAAGUUAUAAUUAAGAUUGUGUUGGGAAACUGCUACAAGUUUGCUGAAUUUUGGGAGGGUCAUACACAUUCCAUGGUUCCACUAUCAACCAGAGACCUUAUGCAAAGUAAUAGGAAUGUGGAUGAAUUUCAACAAAGAUUCAUAAUAUCUGGAAUAAAGGCGAACAUUGGUCCCAUGCGUUCAUUCCGUAUGUUCAGAGAGAUAAUGGGCAGUUACGAUCGAGUUGGAUGCACAAGUAAUGAUUUCAAGAAUUUUGCUAGGGAUUUGAAAGUGCAUUCCAAAGGAUCCGAUGCACAUAUGUUAUUGGAAUCAUUUACGAAUAAGCAGGAACUUGGAAACGGUUUUAAGUUCUUCCACGACGUAGAUGAAGAGAAUAAAUUGUGUCGGAUAAUUUGGGCUGAUCAGACAUCAAUAAAGAAUUUUAGCUUGUUUGGAGAGGCUGUGUCUUUUGAUGCCACUUAUAAUACUAACAGGUACAAGUUGAUUUUUACUCCCUUCACUGGUAAGGACAACCAUGGAAAAUGCGUAUCAUUUGGUGCUGCAUUAAUAUCACAUAAGGACACAGAAUCAUAUUCCUGGGUUUUGGAGCGGUUUGUUCAAAUAAUGGGCCAUGCACCAAAGAUCAUAAUCACGGACCAAGAUCCAGCACUCAAAAGAGCCGUUGCAUCUUGUUGGAAAGAAACUCGCCACAGGUUUUGCAUGUGGCACAUAAAUAUUAAAGUUGCUGAGAAAGUGCCACCAAGAUUGAGAGAAGAUACCAAUUUCAAGUCUACUUAUGCUAGUAUUGUUUGGACAGAUCAUGAUGAUGUCUCGCUUUUUGAGGAGAAAUGGAAAAAUAUGAUUGAGGAGUUUGAUCUCUCGUCGAUUAAAUGGUUCAAUGACAUUUUCGAAGACAGAUCUUUCUGGAUCGCAACAUAUUUUAGAGAAAUACCUAUGAGCGGCUUAUUCCGUACAACUUCUGCAUCUGAAAGCGAGAACAGUUACUUUAAAAGUGGUCUAGAUGUACAGAGGUAUAACUACAAACUAGCAACUCAUGAUGAUGAGACACGUUCACCCGGUAUGGUGACAAACUUACCCAUCGAAACGAAUGCAUCUGUUGUCUACACUAAUGCUGUUUUCAAACAAGUACAGGAUGAAAUAGACCAUGCAAGCAAGGCUUGUGGAAUACACAAGAUAUACUCUGAAGGCAACAACACAAUCUAUGAAGUUGACGACAAUGUAGAUGGUGUCUUCUUGGUUCGCAAUAUGAAAGAUAGGAUGAAGUGUCUUGCACCUGCCAUUUGUUCACCAGGAGAGGAUUGCCGUCCACCUAACUCAGGUCAGCAUAUAUCAAAUUGGGAUUUUUGUAUCUUUAAGGCUGUUAGCGAGUCAAUAUCUCAUGUGAGUGGCAAUGAAGAGCUAUAUGAGCAACUGUACAAUGAUAUCAUUGAAGUUCGAGAUAAGUUUUCCAAAAUUGGAGCAACUAUCACACCUGCUUGCUCAAAGACCAGGUUGUUCAAUGAAUUCUAUGGAGCUGCUCCUACUGAGUCACCAAGUGUACUUCCUCCUGACAUAGCCAAAACAAAAGGAAGUGGUGCAGGUGGUCGGAGAAAAUCGGAAAAAGAGAAGGCGAUGAUUCUCGCAAAUAAACCUAAGCGUCUUUGCAGGAAAUGCAAAACCAUUGGUCAUCAUGAUUCUAGGAACUGUCCAACAAAGGAUAUCAAUUCUUGA